AGAUAUAAGAUAUUUAUUUCAUCUUCCUCGUAUACUAUAUAUGUACAUAUAUAGGCACCUUUCUCUUUAAGUUACAUUAAUUAAGACUUGAUAGAACACAACACCCAAAAAAACAAGAAAGGGAUCAAAGGAAGGAAUUGAUUGAAUCUUGAAUCUUCAAAUUCAUAAGAUAUGAGAACGAGUUGUUUCCUCAACCUUCCCAUUCCAACUUCAAACCAAGCUCCAAAUGCUUCUCUAAUCCCCAUAAAGCCACCUCAAGUUUCAUUGGUGAAAAUUGAAGGAAAUUGGAAGAGACAUGUUAUGGUGGGAGUGACAUUAAUAGGGUUGGAAUUGAUCAUCAAUAAUUCUUUAUUGGGUCAUGAAGCUUUUGCUGAGGAGAUCAUGAAAAGUAGAGUGGCAUCAAAUAACUCAUCCUUAGUUUCUUCGGUUGGCAGCGGCAGCAAAUGGAGUGAGAAAAGGGCAUGCCCGCCUUGGCACGGCAGCUCGCUGGAAACCAUCGUUCCGGAAAAUCUUCCGAGGCCGGCGGCACGGCGGAGGUACGAGGCCGUUGGUUCCCAAUCAAAGACGGCGCCACCGCUCUUGGUGGACAAAACUAAACUAAGAAGCAACAACAAAGAGAGUUGCUUCUCUAUGUGAAAAACCGAAAAUUGAUCAAAUAAUUGUUUUAACAUGUGUGUAUACGUAGUUAUUAUCAAUUAUAUUGUUUGUCACUAUAAA